CAGUAUAAGUAUUAAAUAACUGGUAAGCGGUAGGAAUCUCUAGUUUUUAUUAUUUAAUUGUGAUAAAUUUGAACAAGUUUGAGAUGAAUAGUUUUUUCACGAAGACCCUCAAUGAAUGUGCCAAGGAGCCGAAUGCAGUUGCUAUCAAUUUUCAAUAUUUGGAUUAAAUAAAACCAUUCCUUAUGCAUUUUUAUAGCGUUUGGUUCUUUGCUUCAAGAAAUUUGCCAGCCACUGCCCUGCCCGAAUGAACGAGAAUGAUGUUUGCUCAAAACCAUUAACGCUUGUUGAUAAAGCUACCAAUGGAGCUCAUCUUGGAAAUACCGAUUCGAGAUUGGAAAAUCAGUAGCAAUGUUUAUUAGCAUUCGUUAUCUGUUCAACAUUCAGUCAUCUACGAACUGUUGAAGACAACGGAGCAAAAAGUUCAAACGAAAGGAAUUUUCAUCGAAGUAUUCUGAGUUACAAGAUGCAAUUCGUCUACGUAAUAAUAGUUGCAGUGAUCGGCAGUGUUAUGACAGCAGAACCGCGAGCUGCAUCAACGACAACGGGUUUUGGGUUUGAACUGCUGCAGGCACAAUUGGAAGCAUUCGAAUCACGAAUGCAAAAACAACUGGAUGAUCUACAGCUGAACAUAAAACACAAUCGGAAUGAAAUCAAUAACCUAAAAACAGCAGUUGCCGACAUGCUCAUGAACCAAGAAUCAGGUGUAUAUUUUGUGAAUCUUAUUCCGUCCUCCAAUACAUCGUUUGAAGUGUAUCGUGAUGGUUCAAACAAUCAUGGAUAUGGAAGUAAUUGGACCGUCUUCCAGAGAAGAUUUGAUGGUUCAGUCGAUUUUAAUCGUAACUGGACUGCAUACAAGCACGGAUUCGGUGACAUUCGUCGCGAGCAUUGGCUGGGUUUGGAGAAGCUUAAGAAAAUUUUAGACACCGAACGGCAUGAGUUGCUGAUUGUGAUGAAAGACUUUGAAGGAGUGACAGCAUAUGCAAAGUACGAUAACUUCAAGAUUGGUAACGAGGCUGAAAAGUAUGCACUACUGUCGCUUGGCGUACAUACUGGCAUCGUGGGAGAUUCCUUAAGCCCUCAGCUAAAAUACAAAUUUGCUACUCCCGAUCAGGAUAACGCUGGAGAAUGCGCUAGUAUAUUUGCCAGUGGUGGAUGGCACUCUACCUGUUAUCAAAGCAAUUUGAAUGGUAUGUACCACAAAAGUGGAAAACAAAGUUCAAAUAAAGGUAUACAUUGGUACUAUUUCCGAGGAUAUUACUACUCACUGAAGGAGACCAAAAUGAUGGUGCGACCGUAUGCGCUUCGCACCAAAGGAUAACAGUAAUCACUUGGCAGUCUGAGGAAAUAUUUCUUUAAAUUUUA